AUGGAGGAAAUGAUGGAGAAGAUAAUACACUUUGAUGAAGAGGAAACGGAAGUGGACUGGACAAAAGAAGAAUCCUUCCUGAAUCAACCACAAAUAUGGCCAGCAUUCUCCCAUGCUGUUGCUACCGAGUUAUGCCUAGAAACAGGGGCUGGUUCAUUGAGUCCUGUACCGAAACUUGAAGAAUAUUCAGAGGCUUUUAAGCCAUUUCAGAUGUUUUAUACGGAAAACGACCUGACGGGUACAACGAUUACAAAACUAAAGAAACGUCAGACUAAGAUCGUCGAGGAAUACCAAACCGACAUCGAAAGAGGACGAGGGCGUGGUCAAAGGAGACUUCGUGAAAGCAGGAUGAUGGGGCGACUGAAUAAUCUUAGCCUGCCGUUUCGAAGAAGACAUCUGCCAGAAAUUGAAAUCAAUCUCGAAGACAUCACGUACGUUCCCAACAUCGUUGCGAACUUGACUUUCGACCAAUCAACGUCCAGAACGCGCAAAAUCUCUUCAUCUUCGACACCAACUGGUCUUGUACACCAGCCGUUUUACCAGAACGUUCAGACACGGAGUAUGAAACUGGUUUUGGAAGAUGUGUACGCGAACAAGUUCGACGCGAGGAAGCUGCUGGGAUGCCGGCUGAGUCUAGGGAGGAGGCGGCCGUGGCAAGGAAGGGCUUCGGUAAAAAUGAUUCUGGAGACAUACAUUGCGUCAAGGGUGGUGUGUCUGGUGCAGUAUUCUACGACCUUUCCUGGGCAUGCGCACAAGGUUCCCGAGGAAUGGAAACGGAAAGUCGAGAUCCAACACUGUCCAAUCGCGUUCCGAUACGCUCUUCUAAAACGAGAUAGAGAUGGAAUUAUUGAUGACGUCACGAAACCAAGCACAGAGUAAUAAACUACGUCGACUCGAAAAAAAAAAGAUACUGCAUGUCGGAAUCUAAUUCUGAUAUUGCCAGUGUCGUUAUAA